CUAUUUAUCAGCUUUCAUUAUAAGAAAGAUCAGUUAUCGUCGGGUCGUGCCCGUGUAAAGCGAGUUGAAUAAUUUAGCGCAGUUUAACACAAAAGCGUUCAGUGUCGCAGUGCAGCGAUUUUUCCUUUCCACUUGAAGCGAUUCCCAGUUAUCGUGUCGGGAGCACCAGCGUCGAAGCGCAAUGGAACAUCAAGUUAACAGUGAGGUAUGAGCUGGCGAGCAGUUUAUGUGUGCAAGUGAAAUGUUUCGAACGAUUUUUAAAAGGAUUCCGAGAAACAAAUAUCCUGCUUGGUGUGCGCUGAGUGGUUCUUUCAAAAUUAGUGAAUUUUUCAAAUGUGAAAAUGUAAAAUCGUGUUCCGAGCUAAUAGCAGAGUCGGACUAUCCACAAAAUCCAAAUGCCAUCAAGUAUCUCAAUGAACUGACGCUUAAGGAGAAGCAAGACUUUUUCGACUCCUUCGACGUAGUACUUUGCGAUUGUGAUGGCGUCAUUUGGCACGCACUACAGGAGCUCUUGCCUGGCUCAACGGAAGCGAUCAAUUAUCUCAAACGGCAGGGCAAAAAAGUCAUCUAUGUCACAAACAAUAGUAUUUUACCCAUUCAAAUGCAAUUGAAAAAAUUUGAAAAUUUCGGUAUCGAGGUGAAGCAGCAUGAGAUUGUGCAUCCAGCGCAGACAAUUUGUGAUCACUUGAAAUCGAUACAAUUUGACGGUCUUAUCUUCUGUCUUACUUCCGAUGCGUUUAAGUCUCUGCUGCGUGAGGCUGGCUUCAAUGUGGUUGAAGACGUUCUCGGUUACGUAGAAACUCUAGAAGAUUUGCGUGCGGUCACAAACAGCGAUGACCCCGUUAAGGCAGUUAUCAUUGAUGUGGACUUCAAUUUGACCGCAUCGAAGUUGAUGCGCGCUCAUGGCCAUUUGAAAAGUAAUCCAGAGUGUCUAUUUAUUGGCGGCGCAGCUGACACACUCAUCACGUUCGGCGGAAAGGAUGUUAUAGGACCCGGCCCAUAUAUAUCGGUCCUCGAAAACACUACACAGCGUAAGGCGUUAAUAUUGGGCAAACCUGGCGUGGCCUUACGGGACUUUAUAAUGGAGCAGCAUCAAAUCAAGAAUGCAAGACGUUGCCUCUUUAUCGGGGACAGUAUUGUGACAGAUGUGCGCUUCUCCAAAAUGUGUGGUUUUCAAACUCUGCUGGUGCUCACCGGCACUACAACGCCAGAGGAUGUGAAAGCAAAGCUAACUGUGACAGACACGCCGGAUUAUGCAACCGAAGGCUUGGCCGAUUUGAAUGGAUUUCUUUCCUAGUAUUUUUUGUUUUUGUUUUUUUAUUUGUAUGUAUUUUGAAGAUGAUCCGCUAUAUCUUUGUUAUAUAAUUUUAUUUUGAUUUUUUAAUAUUUUAGUAAAAUGUCUGCAAAAGUGGUAAAUAAAACACAAGCUUCUUGAAACUAA